AUGUGUGUCUGCCUGGAGAACUUGGUGGAGGACCUCGCGCCGCAGGACGCCCUGCAGUGCGCGCACGCGUCCGAGGGGUGCUUCGACGCCGAGGAGAGCGGCGAUCUGGAGAUGGAUUGCCCCGCGGGCUUGGCGAUCGAGGGCAUCGUCGACGGGGGCCUGGACACAAGCUACCUGGACAAGGAGAGCGCAGACACCUGCGGGGAGCCCCUGGACAGCUCCCGAUUCGAGGACGGCGACCUCAAGUACCUGGAGAAGGAAUUCCCCACGUCCACGGGCGAUGGAUGGGGCACCGGCUUCGUCGAGAAGAGCUUGGCGCCCGAGUUCGUCGUCGAUGGAGGCCUGGACCCAAGCUACCUGGACAAGGGGAGCGUCGACACCUGCGGGGAGCCUCUGGUCAGCUCCCUGGCGAAGGCGGCGCCGUGCAAGAGGGGUUGCGAGGACCAGGGCGUCGUAACGCGCCGCCCCUCGCGCUGCAGUUGGGCGGACGAGGUGGACGAGCCUGACUUCGGGGAGUUCCUGGCUUCCCUUGGGCCGACAACCCGUGCCGGGCGUGCUCAGACGAGCAAAGGCCGUCGCUCGCGCGAGGGCGGCGGCUCGCCUGCUCGCGAGGAGGAGCGGAGCGUCUUCUUUGAGGCGUCCGCCCAGUACGACUUCGCGGCGAUGACGGCGGCCAUCGGCGAGGCCAUCCUGAAUUUCGUGCGUGACAAGACUGGAGACGCCAGCAACUUCACAGGCGCUUGGCCAGGCCUCAAUGAUCUGUUGAAUGCUGAAGCCCACCCAGCUCAUGUCGGGUUGGUGCAUGCUGUGAGCAGAGCGUUGGCUUCCGACCCUAUGGGUCAGAAGCGCGACUGCGAGCGGAUCGACUUCGAUUUGGGGAAGAUAGUCAAGCGCAUACAGGAGGAGCUUGACAAGCUAGUGACUGCCGACAUCGAUGGCAAGUUGAAGGCCUUGUCGACGGAGGGCGAGGCGAGAUUCGACACGUUCAAGAUAAACGUGGAAGAGUUGGAGAUCGCAGCCGAAAGCCAGCAGCAGCAACAGCAGCUGCCGAUGUCCACGACCGUGCUGAGCGACAAGCUGGCGCUCGUGGAUCAGAUGCAGCAACCGCAGCAGGAGCAGCUGCAGCAACAACAGCUCCAGCAGUUGGUGAUGCACCAAAAGCUCUACAGCGACCAGCAGAAUUACACAAUCUACCUGAAGGCGCAGCUCAUGACUCUGAGCGAUGCGGUGCUCAGCCUCGGCACGGCCGCCUCCGCCGCGCGGGCGGCGGCGGCCGACGACCCCUGGCGCGAGCACGGCGCCGUCCAGGCGCUACACCGCACGGCCUCGGGCAUUGUGGACCUCGCUGGCCGCGCCGCUGCGGAGGUCCACCAGCGCGCGGAGUGCGCCGAGUUGGAGGCCGAGCGUUUGCACAGGCAAGCGCACGUGGGCUUCAGGGACGGCAUGGGCCAGCUGGAGCAAGGCGCUCGGGACUUCCAGGAGGCGCACGCCGCCCUCGCGGGCCAGGCGCUGGACCGCGUCGCCCGGCACCUCCACGACGUCCAGCAGGCGCAUGCCGCCCUCGCGAGCCAGGCGCUGGAUCACGUCGCCCGGCACCUGCACGACGUCCCGCCCGCGCGGGCCUCCCUCCACGGCGCCAUGGCGGCGCCGCAGCACGUGGCCGUCGCCGCCCAGAG